AUGUCUGAUACUAUAUUCUCUAUGGAUACUGGAGAUUCAACAGCUCACCCCAAAUUUGCAACCCAGCAAGACGCAGUAAUCAACGGUGUCACCCAUAAUGUUUCAGCCAAUAAUAGUCCUUCACAAUCUCUAAUAGAGAUGUGCAGGAUCAUAGCCAAAUACUCUAAACCAGGAUUUCUCUCAGCUGGUGAGGCUUCACAAAUACUACUUUCAAUUGUGGAAUUGAUGUCUGAUGGUGUUGAAAGUGAUGCUUUAAAGUUCUCUAGCAGGUUUCUGACUGGUUCUGACUACGAAGAUAUUGUUGUUGAGAGGAAUAUUCUUCACCGAUGUGGGUAUCCAAUUUGCGAUAAAGAUCCUAAAGGUAUUCACAAAGCACAUCAGAUCAAUUAUAGAACACCGAAGAUGAUCUUGCCAUCUACUUACCUAUCCAAAUACUGUACCAAAGAGCAUUAUCAGGCAUCGACUUUUUUUGCUUCCCAAUUGUCAGAUGCGUCCCUCUUUUCUCGUAAGGAUGUCACGUUACUACCUUACGGUGCAUCAACUGAAUAUGAACUUCAGAUUGCUUUAAUGGAGGAGGUGCAAGUAUUAUCACAGAGCCAGAAUCGAUCAAUGCAAGAUAUUAUUCAGGAAUUGAAAUCAUUGUCAUUGAGUAAACAACAGUCACAAAUAGAUACAUUGCCGUCAACACAACCGCGAAGAUACUCGUCGGCGAACCCUGCUGAUCCACAUCUGGUUGAUUUAAGUGACCAAAUCAAAGCAUUCAAGAUCGUUGAAAGAGAUCCAUCUAUUCCUACCUUAGAUGCUGGUGAUGAGCCAAUAGAAGAGGCUAUUGCUUCUGGUGUGGAAGGAUAUAAUUCGCGGUUUGGACGAAGUGUAUGA